AUGUCUAAUCAAGUCGAUUAUAAUUUUGAGGAUGAUGUUGAUUUUGUGCCAUCAACUCCAAAUGAAGUACAAUCUGUUAGUAGUACAGUAGAUGAAACUCAGACUACAGGGACACAGAGAAAAAGAACCUCUCGUGCAUGGGAUCAUUUCACACAACAAAAUAUUGAUGGAAAAAUUAAAGCAGUUUGCAAGUAUUGCGAGCGUAAGCUGGUGGGAGAACGUUCUAAAGGGACCAUACAUUUAAAUUCUCACGUAGAGAGGUGUCUGGUAAGAAAGGCCCAACUUGCCGCUAAUCCCAGUGCAACUGCAAGCCCUUCAGUUACUUUUAAUUUUGAUCCUAAUUUACGAAGGAUCAAGUUGGCUCAAAUGAUUGUAAAGCACAAAUAUCCCUUGUCUACGGUUGAGCAUAGUGGGUUUAUAGAAUAUUCAAGCACUUUAUGUCCCAUAUUUAAAAUGGUGUCAAGGAAUACGGUUAGGUCUGACAUUAUGAAAAUGUAUAAACCUGAGAAAGAAAAGUGCAGGAAAAAUUUGGAAAAAAGUAGGAGAAAAAUAGCCAUAACCAUUGACAUGUGGACUGCAAAUCAUCAGAAGAGGGGAUAUAUGGCUGUAACAGCUCAUUUUAUUAAUGAUUCUUAA